CAAGUGACCUUAUGGUCGCUCCCGAAAGGACAGUGUUCUGCGAGCGUCACCUCGCCGGUUACUGGUUCAGUGUGUCUUGUGGAGAAGCAGAGCGCUUGCUAUAUGAUCGCAAGCUGUAUCAAGAUGCCUGGAUCAGUUCCUGCAAGUGGUGAGGCCACCUGGCCCAAGGAUGUGGGCAUCAUCGCCCUGGAAGUGUAUUUUCCAUCACAGUAUGUUGAGCAGGAGGAGCUGGAGCAAUUUGACGGCGUGGCGCCAGGCAAGUACACAGUGGGCCUGGCUCAGGCCCGGAUGGGCUUCUGCUCCGACCGGGAGGACAUCAACUCGUUGUGUCUGACAGUGGUGCAGAGAUUGAUGGAGAGGAACUGCCUGUCGUAUGAAAGUGUGGGCCGGCUAGAGGUGGGCACCGAGACCAUCAUUGACAAGUCAAAGUCAGUGAAGACGGUAAUCAUGCAACUGUUUGAGGAGUCUGGGAACACGGAUGUGGAGGGCAUCGACACCACCAAUGCGUGCUACGGCGGCACAGCUGCCCUCUUCAACGCUGUGAACUGGGUCGAAUCCAGCUCUUGGGAUGGCCGCUAUGCUCUGGUGGUGGCAGGAGACAUUGCUGUAUACGCCACAGGAAGUGCAAGACCCACAGGGGGUGCUGGGGCAGUUGCCAUGCUGGUUGGACCAAAUGCGCCUCUGGCUUUUGACAGAGGUCUAAGGGGGACACACAUGCAGCACGCAUAUGACUUUUACAAGCCAGACAUGGGGUCGGAGUACCCAGUGGUCGACGGAAAGCUGUCUAUCCAGUGCUACCUGAGCGCACUAGACAGAUGCUACACAGUUUACCGCAACAAGGUCCAUUCUCUGUGGCAGAAAGAGGGAAUUGAUAAACGUUUCAGUCUGGAGGAUUUUGGUUACAUGAUAUUCCACUCCCCAUACUGCAAGCUGGUCCAGAAGUCCCUUGCCCGCCUGGUUCUCAAUGACUUCCUCAGUGACCCAAACCCAAACACAGAGAGUGGAAUAUUCAGUGGCCUGGAGGCCUUCAGGGAUGUGAAGCCAGAGGAAACCUACUUCGAUAGGGAUGUGGAAAAGGCCUUCAUGAAGGCAAGCGCAGAGAUGUUUCAGCAGAAGACGAAGACGUCACUGCUGAUAUCCAACCAGAACGGCAACAUGUACACGCCAUCCGUGUAUGGCUGCCUGGCCUCCGUCGUGGCACAACAUACUCCUCAGCAGCUGGCUGGCCACAGGAUUGGCAUAUUCUCUUAUGGCUCUGGGUUUGCUGCCACACUGUACUCCAUCAGAGUUACGCAGGAUGCCACGCCUGGCUCAGCACUGGAUAAACUGGUGGCCAGUCUCUCUGAUCUCCAAGUCAGGCUGGACUCCAGGAGAAAGGUGUCGCCAGAUGUGUUUGCUAAGAACAUGAAGCUGAGGGAAGAGACUCACCACCUAGCAAACUACACCCCCCAGGGAUCCGUAGAUGACCUGUUUCCCGGUACAUGGUACCUGACACACAUUGACGAGAAACAUCGCAGGCAGUAUGCCCGACGGUCCAUGGAUGAGGAUGGGCCCUUGGAAGCUGGACUGGACACUUCCACCACAGCAACAGAGCACAUACCGAGUCCAGCAAAGAAGAUGCCACGCAUCCCCGGCAACACGGCUGGGCCUGAAGUGGUCGCCAUUAGCAACGGAGAGCACUAACUUUACCUCCAUGAGGUAUUAUAGGGACACAUAAUGAAAACAAUAAUCUCUCAAACCUAUUGCGUGUUCAGUUUCACUGAAUGCUGAGAACCACUUUUUCAGAUUUAAUCACCAUGGUGUAGGAUUUAUUUAUCCUACUGUCGCUGGUACCAAAUGUGUCGCCCGCUGUUUAAGGCAAACUUGACGUGUCCUUUGAAGGGGAUAUGAUAAUGUGAGGGAUCGUGGCACAAGGACAGCGGGUUGUGCCCCUCGACCUUUCGGCUGUCUUUCCUGUAUGUCACACUUCUGUGUAUUCCUCACUGGGCUGGAUGGCUGAAUUGAGUGCUGAAGACGUGCUGUACAGUCCCCUGCUGCAAUGCAAACCAUGUCAUAAUCAGCUCGUCUUGCCUGAAUGUGUCAAAAAAGCAGAGCUUUUAAUUUUUUUUUUUCCCCUGUACUUGUUGAUUUUAUAGCAGGAGUGUUUGCUCACUUCUGCUAGACAAAAGUGCAUUUAUUGUUGCUGGGCGCCAACAGGAAGUGGAAGAGGAAAUGAAAGCUUCAGGACUGUAACCACGAGCAUCUGCAGAACAAAAGGGAAGAGGGGUCCAGCCACCCCAGCUAUACUAAUUUUAUUAAGAUGCUGCAGCUCUCAUUGUUAUAUGCUACAGCACAUGGUUCCCUUUUGAGUGCUGUUACACAGAUUUUCUACACUACACCUUGCAUUUCGCUUGUACAGUUGCAGCUGUACUGCAAAUGUUUUGAGUUUUACAAUGAAUGGCAUGGCCCACAGAUGCUGUAAGGUAUCACAAUUAAAUGUUACCUGGGUUUCUUGUAAGUGGUGUACAUGCAAAGCCCAACCCUGCUAUUGUUUGGUUAAUUGGCAAAAUAGUGGCUAUACAGAUUCAAAUUGGAGUUUGAAUACUGAAGAAAAUGAACCGAGAUGGUGUCUCUAAACCUUCACGAUAGACAGUUGUCCUCCGUUUUCAGUGGUGGUGUUAAAAUCUAGAAGUGGAUAGGUUGGGAAAGGAAGGCUUUUCAUUGUCAAGUAAAUGAAUAAAUGUUAAUGUCUUGUGUUUUAAAGUCUAAGGAAAAAAAUGUUGCUCUGUAGUCUAACCUCCCUCUUGCCCAACAGUAAUAUGUGUGUGUAUCAGGACAACCUUCCAAGUCCCUGUGACAGUUUUUUUUUUUUUUCUGUAGCUGAAAUAAUGGGGAAAAAGAACUUUGCUGGGACUGAAGUUCCCCUCACACCAGGUUGUGUGAAAUGCCUGAAAUGGGUGCAGCACCGUGGUGGAGGAGGGACCGCAUGGGCACGUGCAUUGUGGAGGUUGACGCAAACACACAAUGUGCCUCGGCAUUUGCUGCAAAAAAAUAGCCUUUUUUGUGGCGGUUGCUGUCUUAUCGAAGUAAUAAGGCAGCAAAUGCAUAUUAAUCUCAUAUGUUUAUGGGCCAUAAGUUUAAAGGGCUUGUUUAGCAAUAUGCUGGAGGAAAGACAAUGUACUGAGUUGUCACAAAUGUUAUUGCUCUGCUUUUUUUAAUAUGUAAUGACCCAUGAGGAUUUCACCAUCUGCAGUAUUUCUACUCCUUGCAGCCCACUAACACAGGUGAAACUGAAGACUGAUACAAACAGCCCCAAGGUCUUUCAGUGAGACUUAAAACUGAGGCUGAAACAUAUUGAUGGCGUCGCCCUGCUGGGGCAGUGCAAGAACUUCACUUGGGGUGUUUUUUUGACCAGCAGUCAAUUUUCAGAGUCUCUUGCACAUGUGCCAGUAGGACCACUGGGGAGGGGUACCUGUGCGUGUGGCCCAAGCAAAGGGGCAGGCAGACAAGAUGGUUAGAAGAUUGAAAAGCCUUACUACAAGCAUGUAAUAAAUGUAAACAAAAUGGGAUGCACGGGCUAUUCUUUGUGUACAGAUCUUUUUAAUUUUGUAGCCAAGCAAAUUUACCUCUAAGGUUAUAUCUUGAAAAUGUAUAUGUUUACAAAUAGUUUGUCUCAAAAUCAAACGAUUAUACAAACCAGUUUUGGUGAGUUGUGGACAAGUACUAACUGUAAAACAUGUAUUUGUAUAUGUAGAACCAGCUGUGUUAUUUUUCCAAAAAUG